AACGAGCAGCAGCGUGUGAGUGAGCGGUCCACUCCUCAGAGCCUUUUGCUCGUGUCAUUUUAUGCAACAUGAAAGAUAAUACGCCAUUUAUCCACGCUAUGGGCUAAACCGCAACUCUCAGUCCGCUUUUUUUCCCACUUGAAAGUAAACUGUGAAGCCAAAAAAAAAAAGAGAAAGAAAGAGAGAAAAGAAAUGAUGGUGAUCAUCACUUUGUCCACCAAGAGAGCCGAGCACAGCCUGGGAUAAUCGCUGCCUGCGGGGAACGACGGGACCAUCGUGGGGGAUGUCCGGCAGAGGAGGCUGCAGCCAGCCCAGCCUGCAGCCGCUGCGGGCCACGGUGCCCUACCAGCUGCACAGGGGCCGCGCUGCGGCUGCAGCUCCGCUCUGCAGGGAGCCCCGCACCCAGGCAGACAGGACCACAGCCCGCCCACCGAGACCCACCAUCCGACGAACUCUUUCCCUGGACACAAUCGUGGGGCCUUAUCUGCAGGGACAGUGGCCCAAAGAAGCCGAGGGCACCGCUGUUACCUGCGUCAACGACAAAGCCACCCAGACUCCAACUUCCUGGGCGGAGGAGACCCGAGGACGGAGAAGUGCUGGUGGACACAAGCGCUCGGCGUCGUGGGGCAGCGCAGAGCACCUGAGGGAGGUGGCCAAGCUGAGGCACCAGCUGCAGAAGCGCUCCCGACAUGCCGCUCCUCCUGCCGGCUUUGAGCUGCCUCGCCCCCCCCUGCCGGCGGGCCACGCGGCAGGGAUCACUCAGACAAUGCCCCUGAUGCCGCUGAACAGACUGGCCCCGCGGCUACGCCGGAGCGUGGAAGGCCUCAGCUUAGAGCUGGAGGAGGUGUUCGUGUCUGAGAAACCAGCUGAUCAACAUGAGAUCCUGGAUAUCCCAGACGGCCACAGGGCUCCGGUCCCCGUCCAGAGGUGCAGCAGUGGCUCUCAGAGUGAUCCCUCACCUGGACCUCUGGAUCCUGCCCUCCUCUCCCCCUCUCAGUCUCCUUGUCCACUCGAUCCAUCGCUCCUGUCGCCUUCAGGUUCCCCUGGUCCACUGAAUCCAUCACUUUUGUCCCCAUCAGAGUCUCCCUCAGAGUCUCCUUGUCCCAUGGGAGAGCCAGAGCCGGUGGACUGUGAGACUUUGAGUCCCUCCCCGUCAAUGUCUCUUCCUUCGUUUGCACUGGAUCCUCCUCUGCUGCAGCCCUGCUCGUCUUCCCCUCGGCCCAACAAAACCUACUCUUUCCAGCGGGAGCCGCCGGAGGGCUGCGAUCGAAUUCGAGUAUGCGAAGAAGCCAUGUCUGCUUGUCAGGACGAGCAUCUCCUCCAGCCAUCCUGCCCCGACCCCAAUAAAGUCAACUUCACCCCACACGGAGGCUCGGCUUUCUGCCCCGUCAGUAUUCUGAAGCCCCUGCUUCCCUCCAUGGACCUCCUCUUCCGUGGCCUGUCAGUGUCUCCGGUCACCGGCUGCUCGGGUCAGGUCUCUCACCAGGCAACUGAGCAUGCAGUAGAUGGAUAUCUGAGCAGCGUCUCUCAGGACUAAACCACGUUGCACUGCCAGGACCUGAAGAACCUGGAUGUGUUUUAUACGCGCCAUGGCAAUGGUGCCAUGAUCACUGUGCUCAUAACAGACUGUGUGACUGAAAGCAUUUGUUAUUAUUCUAGAAAAAUGUGGCCUGUUUUACUGCAAUAUGUUUGAUUAAGCUGAUUUUUACCUCAUCAGCACUUACUGUGUCCCGGUGUUCCCCUGUAAGAGACAUAGUUUAGACUGCAGGACUUGUUGCUGAAUUAUUAGAACAUGCUGAAAAGAGCUUAGAAAUAUCUGAAGACUUGAAAACAGAAUUUCAUUUUUAGUUGUUUUUGUUAGCUUUUAAGAUGACGCUGCAAUCCACCAUAGCUGUUUUCAGGAAUCCUAUCAAAGUAAGUACAUUUAUUGUCAAAAGCCAAGCACUUACUACACACAAGUAUCACUUUCUGACCAUCCUCAACUAUCGAUCAGAAUUAUACUGAAGCUUUCAUCAACAUUCACAUUAUUUUUUAGGUGUUUAAAUCUUGUUUGAAAAGACGUAUUUUUUGGUCAAUAGUUUAUAUGGCCUGACUUUUCUACAGAUGUUUCUAGGAAGAUAUAUAUUUUUGUAUCUUUGUAAGGAGUUACAGAGGGUUUCUGUUAUGUUUGCUGAGGAAACCGACUCGUCUCUGUUUAUACGUGGGUUACUUAUGAGCAGUAACGGAAGUUUUAUUAGCUUUACUUGCCCGCGACAGGCAUCAUUACCACCAAAUUGUUUCGUAGACGUUUCCUGUGGGUCACUUGACUCAGAGGCUUUUUAGUGCCAGCUGUUCUGAUCACAAAGUGUUGUUAAAAUGCAUAAAGCACCAGGUUUGAAAGAAUGUUUCAUUGAAAAACUGAUUAAACAAAAAAAAAACAAGAACUACAUGAAAAAGGA